GAAUUUAUUUUAAUUUGAUGAGAUAAAAAUUAAUUUUGCAAUAAGAAGAAAUGCAACUUAUUUCAGUCACUGGUAUAUAGACAGAUGAUUCAAUGUCAACAUACCAUCAAAACAAACUGUAUUUGUGUGAAUUGAAUCUGUAGCAUUUUGGCACCACCAAGCGCUUGAAAGGUAAAUGUCGUUUUGAAUAUGGACAUGGACGAUGAUUCCGAUGGUUCUUUAUCAGCACCACCCGAAACAUUGGAUCAGUUUCGAGAGAAAUGGCAACAGGAACUUAACACAACCAAACGCAUUAAGCAAAACAAAGUCAUUCAACAGAAGACGACCAGUUGCGAGGAACCAAACAAUUCCAAUGACCAAGCCGAAUUGCUGUUCAUGCAAGGUGAUGCCUUGGAGAGAAAGGGCAAAGUGUUUGAAGCGAUGCGAAUGUAUCGUCGAGCUGUUCACAUUGAUCCGGAUAUUGAGUUCAAAAUGUAUGAUAAAUUAAAAGCCAAUAUAUACACCGCAACUGUUAAACCGGAUACAAGAAAAGAAUCAGCGGCCAACGAUGACAAUGAGUACAUUGAAGACUUGAGCUGUGUGGAUUUGGUGCAUCGAUUUGAAACAUCCAUUGUCAAUGGAAAUGGCAACUUAUUCAAUCGUGACACAGCGGAGGGUGUUAUUGUUACAGAUGGCUUGCACAUCUCCAGUUUGCCCACGGAAAUCAUUCUGUACAUUUUGCGUUGGGUGGUUUCGAGUAAUCUCGACAUGCGGUCAUUGGAACAAUGCUCCAUGGUGUGCAAGGGUUUUUAUUUGAUUGCUCGUGAUAUGGAAAUUUGGCGUUUGGCAUGUUUCAAAGUUUGGGGUCAUGGUGUUGGUAUAUUGAAAGGUUCCAAAUAUUCAUCAUGGCGGCAAAUGUAUAUUGAAAGGCCCCGUGCCUGGUUCAACGGUUGCUAUAUCAGUAAGACCAGCUAUUUGCGCUAUGGCGAAAGAAGUUUUCAGGACCAGUUCUAUCGUCCAGUGCAUUUAGUGGAGUAUUAUCGAUACAUUCGAUUCUUUCCGGAUGGAACUGUUUUGGUGGUGACAUCAACAGAUGAACCAUCACAUAUGGUCGGCAAACUACAGCUAGGCCACAAUCGUCAUGAUGUAUUGAAGGGAAAUUACAAAUUUUCCAAUGACAUGGUUACGAUAAUUGUGCGCAAGAAUAAGACAAAAGAUCAUGGACACGAAGACCGAUAUCGAGGUUUUAUGGACUAUGAAAAAGAGCCACCGACAUUUUGUCUCCAGCUUUUAAUGUCAUACACAAAAAAGCGUCGAUUACCACAAUUGGAGUGGAAAAAAUAUUCGAUUAUACAAAGGCAAAAUAAAUACGAAGAGCUGUGCACGGAUUUCGAUCUAACGCCAAACAUUUAUCCAGCAUUAAUAUUUUCGCGUGUUAAAAGCUACGAUUCUGUAUCAUAUCAUCAUUUAUAACUGUUCUACUUUGAAAAUGUUGAUGCAAUUUUUUGAAAUAGUUUAAUCCAAUUGUGAAAACAAAAAAAAAUUUAUUUAAUAUUCAUGUUCAUAUAUACAUUUUGUACAAGUUUAGAGAGAUAAAUAUUUAAUAAAAAUUGCAUGAUUGUUAAAUGAAA